AUAUACACAAAAACUAAUUCAAAAGCGAUGCCCAAAAACGCCUUGCCACAAACAUGUUGCGUUUGCCUGAACAAAGCAUUGUAUUUAACUAAAAUUUCUUACAGGAAGGAAAGCAAAGUCAGUAGUUUAAGCAAACUGCGCUCCUGUGUUCCCGAAGUGGAAUGGCUAGCCUCUUACUUUAUUUGUACGGAAUGUUUGAAACUUUUGGAGUUGGUGUAUAGUUUCAGAGAGACUUGUAUCAAGUCGGAUCAGCUGCGCAAACAGGAAGAACACAAGGAUGUAAAAACAGAAGAUGACCCAAGCAAACCAGAUGAUGUAAAAACUGAAACUGAUGCUGAUGGCGAUGAAGACAACCAAGAUACUGCCGACUAUUUGAACGACAGCAGUGACGAAGAAUCCAAGAAGGAAACUAAGGAAGAAGGUCAGAAAUCAAAUGGCAAACGGAAAAGGUCGCUCGAGUUCCGUUGUGAAAAGUGUAGUUAUGUUUUCAACUCCAGCUUGAAACUGGUAGAUCAUUGUGUGGAAGAACACCAAAUGAGCGCGAAAGAUGUACGUCCGUUCGCUUGUGAUAGAUGUCCGAGUCGUUUCGGUAAUUCCUCCAAUUUGUUGCAACAUAUCAAGUACCACGAAGCGAUCAGGUCUAACAUAUGCCCUUAUUGUGGAAAGGGCUUCAUCACUAAAAGCGAUUUAAGUAUCCAUGAGAAGCAACAUCUAAACAAACGGGAGUAUAAGUGUGACACUUGUGGAAAGUGUUUCAAUACUCACAAAGAUAUUAGAUCUCACAAGUUAGUAGUUCAUUCCGACUCAAACACUUGGAAAUACAUGUGUACCAUAUGUAGCAAACCGUUCCCCAUUAAGUCAAACUACGAUAGUCACAUGCGGAGGCAUACAGGUGAUAAAAAGUUCGAGUGUCACCUUUGCAACAAAAAAUUCACCGAUAAAUGCGUGUUGCAAAGGCACAUGCGCACUCACUCCAAUGUAAGGGAACAUAAAUGCGCGCACUGUGAUAAAGAAUACAAAGAUCAACGGGUAAUGAAGGUCCAUAUGGCGAAAGUACACGGGAUAGGGCUGGGAUUCAUCAAACUGCCGUCGAAGGAUAGGAAAUAUAUUUGUCACAUAUGUCCGAGGGCCUACUACGCCAGGAAUAAGCUCACGCGUCAUCUGUACACCCAUUCUGGCGAGAAACCGUUCCAGUGCACCAUAUGCGACAAAAAGUUUAACGAUAAAUCCUACCUCAAACAACACAUGAAGAAAACGCAUAACAGCGAGAUAGAAUCGAAAUGGCUGAGAUAAGAUAAAUAAUGUAAAUAAAAUAAAAUAAUUUUUGGGCCUAUCAAGAAGUAGAUAGUUAAACUGCAGUCCCAUGAUGCUGAAAUGAGUAUCGUAGUCGAAGCAUUCAAAAAAAUAAAAGACUUUUUUGAAAGCGAACUACCAAAUUCACCUUUUCUAAUGAAUGAAGAAAAAAAAAGCGAUGCAUGUGCUAGACCAGGGGAGAUGUAUGGUAUACAGCAGCAACCAGUAACUUCUUCAUCCACAAAAAGGACAUUCAGUAGCCAAGGGUUUAUCCCCAUUGAACGCAGAAAUACAUUGACAACUGAGCGCGCUGUAAAAUUAACAUAUGUUCAUCAUAACCCUUUGGGGCCUUCAGUUAAUGAAUUUAAUUCUCCAGUGCAAGAAAAUUCCGAAGAAGAUUCCGCUGAAUGCCAUGAGAUUAUAAAAAUGUCUUAAAGUGACACUGAUCCAGAUUGUAAUAAUGAUAUGUGAAAAAAUUAGUUAAAUUAGGUAUCUAUUAGGAAAUGUGCUCAAUCUCAUUUAUUUGUUCUUGUAUGUUUUUUUUAGAAACUAAAAAUUUCAUAUAUCUAAAGAAGUGUUAUAUAUAAAAAAUGUUUUAUUUUACGAACUAUCGACUAAAAUCUCAAACGACAUAAAUGACCCACAUGUGGCAUAAAUGACUAGUAAAUAGCAGUCAUUUUACAUCACUGCUCACAGUAUUUAAGUCUUCUUCGAUCUUCAAUCAUCCAAAAUGACUUGAAAG